AUGUCUCUGCAAGGAAAGCGUGCUCUUGUGACCGGUGGCUCUCGCGGUCUUGGUGCCGCCAUCUGCAAGGUGCUCGCCGAGCGCGGUGCCCGUGUCGCUGUCAACUACUCGGCUUCGCCAGACCGUGCCGAGGAGACCCGCGCCUCGCUUGCUGGCCAAGGCCACGUUAUUAUCCAGGGCGACGUCUUCACUCACGAGGGAGUGGAUGCCCUGGUUGCUGGCACGAUCAAGGCCUUGGGGGGCAUUGACUUCAUCGUCUCCAACGCCGGCUGGACCAAGUUUGGCCCUUACAGUGACAUCAAGGCGAUCGCAGACGAGGACUGGGACCGCUGCUGGCACCGCAACGUCAUGGCCCACCUCUGGCUCGCCCAGGCCGCCGAGGAGGAGCUGAAGAAGAACCACGGCUCGCUCGUCAUUUCCGCUUCCGCUGCCGGUCUCCGCCCGUCUGGCUCUAGCAUGGCCUACUCCGUCUCCAAGGCCGCCUCGUCCCACCUGACCAAGUGUCUCGCCAAGUCGCUCGCGCCCAAUGUCACAGUCAACGCUGUCGCACCUGGUCUUAUGAUGACCGAGUGGUCCGCCGGGUUCUCAGAUGCGCAGGUCCAGCAUGCCAAGAACAACACUCUGCUCAAGCAGACCACUGGUGUUGAGGAUGCCGCUGGUGCCUUUGCUGCUGUGCUGGAGAACCGUUCGAUGACCGGCCAGACUAUUGAGGUCUCGUGCGGUAUGGGUAUGGCGUAA